GCUCGGCCCGGCUGCCGUGAGGCGCCUCGGCGGGGCGGUGCCCCUCUCCCCGCCCCUUCCCCCCGGGGCGGAGGGAGAGCCGAGCCCAGCCCAGCCCUGCCCAGCCCGCAGCCUGCCUGCGAGCGCCCGGCGGAGCCAUGCGGGAGUACAAGGUGGUGGUGCUGGGCUCGGGCGGCGUGGGCAAGUCCGCCCUCACCGUGCAGUUCGUGACGGGCUCCUUCAUCGAGAAGUACGACCCCACCAUCGAGGACUUCUACCGCAAGGAGAUCGAGGUGGACUCCUCGCCCUCGGUGCUGGAGAUCCUGGACACGGCGGGCACGGAGCAGUUCGCCUCCAUGCGGGACCUGUACAUCAAGAACGGGCAGGGCUUCAUCCUGGUCUACAGCCUGGUCAACCAGCAGAGCUUCCAGGACAUCAAGCCCAUGCGCGACCAGAUCAUCCGCGUGAAGCGGUACGAGAAGGUGCCCAUGAUCCUGGUGGGCAACAAGGUGGACCUGGAGGGCGAGCGGGAGGUGUCGUACGGGGAAGGCAAAGCGCUGGCCGAGGAGUGGAGCUGCCCCUUCAUGGAGACGUCAGCCAAAAACAAAGCCUCGGUGGACGAGCUCUUUGCCGAGAUCGUGCGGCAGAUGAACUACGCCUCUCAGCCCAACGGGGACGACCAGUGCUGCUCGGCCUGUGUCAUCCUCUGAGGGGCGGCCGGCCGGGAGGGCUUGCAGGGGGAAGCGGCGAGCGACCCUCUGGGACGAGACUGGAGGCAACUUUGCAGAGGCCGGGGGGCCUGGGGCAGGGGGAGCCGCCUCUCCACGUCUGCAAGCAAGCUCGGGGGAAACGCGGCUUUCUCGGCACGGACGCGGAGAUUGCUGCCUGCUUCUCCUAAUACCUCUGGCAGCUGGCUGUGCUGGCAAGUGACACCAGGAAGAAAAGUUUCAGCACGCGGAGAGGGAAGUUUCCGAGCGAUCGCUUUCUAACUGGAAGAGUGAAAUGCACCCCGGGAAGUUGGGGGAGCAGAAGGGAGGGGGGAGCGAUCUCUCCAGCUCAGAUUCCUGCUCCCCUGCUCUGGCCUGCUGGAUUUUCCCCCUGCGACUGUGAGAGUGAUCCUGAGGCUUUCUAUGCAAAGUUGGAUGAUUGUUACAGUGUAUCCAAUCUGAAGUAUUGCACAUCUGAACUGGACUUGAAUAACACUGAUGCCAAUACAGUGUGGGGUGCCAGAAAGUGUCUGCUGAUUAUUUGUGAAAUAAUCUUCUAUUUUGUUUACCUGCUGUAUGGGAUGGGAGUUUGGGGGAGAGUGGUAGAGGUUUUUUGUUUUUUUUGUUUUUUUUUUUUAAUUUCCUUUUUCUUUUUUGAUCAGCUGUGAAAAUGUUACAAAUCUGCACAUUUUUUUGAGGUGUGUGUGUGUGUGUGUGUGUGUGUGUUUUUGGGUUUUUUUUCUCUCCCCGGGGUGGAGUGGUGAUGGUUUUUAUUCUUUCUUUUUCUUUUUUGGGUUGGCAAUAACUGAUUUUGAUGACUAGCUCUCUAAGUACAAAGACUUCCUAAAUGCGAUACAGGGCCAACAGCAACCUUGUGUCUAUAGAGUGCCUUCAAAACUCAGCUGUUCCAGCCGGUGCCAACCUGUGAAAGCUCCACAGAAUCCCAUUAUCUACUACUCCAAAAACUACUUAAUAGUUUCCUUUCAGUAAUCAUAUUCAACAAGCCAGGACAAAAGGGCCUAUUGUGAGAGGAAUUUAUUUUUUAUUUCCAUUUGAGCCUUUUAAAUGUAACUUCCGUGUCUUGCAAGUUUUGGCUUCAUUUAAUUCAAAUUUACUGGAAUUUUAAUUUCCCGGGCUUUUUUUCCCCCUUGUUUUUAGGAUGUACCUCCAGCCAGCAAAGAGUGAAAUCUUAAUGUUGUGAUGUAUCAAAAAAAUUCUAAUGACUGUAUCUUUAAUUUCAGACACACAAUUAAUAGAUGUCUAUCCAUUUUAAGACUUUUAAUACAAAUAUCAUGUUUUGUUUUUUAAAAAGGAACAACUUCUGUGGCUUUUUUUUUUUAUACGUUGUAAGGAAGACUAGCUUUAACACACAGCCAUAACAGGACAUAUGCCAUUAUUCCUGGUUUCUGUUGAAUGCACGUAAAGUGUUUGAGGAAAAAAUGAGGGAGGACACUUUUAAACAUCAUCAGGCUGGAGAAAAUUGUUGCAUCUAAAUGCUGGUAAUGCUGGGAGCAGCUGAACAAUAAUACCAGGCCCUGAUCCUGCAAACUUUUGCAUGUGGGUUGAACUCUACAUCCAGUAGAUGCCUACUGAAGUUGGUAGGGGCCCUAUGCAGAACAGCUUGUAGAUUAGGGCCUUUUUAAAAAAUGUCUUUGAUGUUAAGAACAAUAUGGUUUAUUUUAGUUGAAGUGCUAAAUUCAUACAUUUGAAGCUUUACAUUUUAUUGAAAUACAGGUGUUUUUUAAUUAUGCAUUAAGAUUGUGAUUCCUUGUUGGUUUCUUUUUUAUGACUUGUAUAAGGGAAAAAUGGGCUUGUGCCCUUCCCUCCUACUUCUUGAAGUGGGAUGAAGGCUUGAAAGCUCUUUGUCUGUCCCACAGACCUAUUCUCCCCUUCCAUUCCAUCCUUGCUCCAAAAAACAUGUUGGAGUUUCUUAAUGCUACUUGUUCAUGAUUCUUUUUCUAUCCAAAGUCCUUAAGAAUGAAUGAAAUUACGAUACAACAAGAAACUGGAAGUUCAGCAGUUCAGUGGAAAGGAAUUUUUAGUCAUGCUAAUUUAAAUUCACCGUGCUCAAUUCUCCUUACCCCAGUUCUAAACCAUGAUUUAUUAAUUCACUGGUUCAGACACAAAACUCCUGUUGACUUCCAACAUGCAGGAUGGGGGCCUUCAUGGUUGUCCAUCACUUGAAAAAUGGGCACUUUUUUUUUUUUCUCUCACCAACAUUUUUAAAAUUUCUAGUACCUAGCAAAAACUUGACAGAAUUAUACCAUAAAGAUUCAACAUGCUGAAUAGUUGCUAUUAAUAAUAAAGGCCAAAUUCCCAACAGGAGAAUUGUAUUUUGAAUACAAGCAUUUACUGCAGGCAUAUUUACAUCAAAGAUUAAAAGAAGAAUGUUCUAUGCAUAAGUCUUUGCUAUAGUUAAUCCAGUCUGAUCCUGCCUAGAUUUUCACUCUUUCCCAGGUGUGGAGAAACUUCCCACUAGCUUCACUGGUAGCUGGAAAGUUUGUUAUUUUUUCCCACCACCUACCAGGAAUUGGAUCAUAACUUGAAAAUGUGUUGAUCACUUACUCAGUUUUGUCCUUGCUCAGUUUUUUUUGUGUAAUAGUUGCUGUCAAUGUAAUAAAACCAGGCAAGUCUUAAUCCUCUUCCAACAAAAUAGCAGUUACUGAUACAUUAAGCAGAAGCCAAAUUUCAAAAUGCCUCAUGGUUUCUUACUGCUCUUUUUUUUUAGGUCUCUCUUCUUUUAUUCUAUUCUAUUUUUCUUUUCUGUUUUUAAAGAGAACUUGCUUGAAGUACGAUGUGAAUGUGUAUAUAGGAAACAGUAGCACAAUGUAACCUACAGUUUUAGGGUUGGCCUAGAAAAAUGGAUGACAGAAUGGAUGAAGAUAUUUUAAUAAAUACUCUGUGUGUGUGU